AUGCGAUUCUCUUCAGCUCUUGCACUAGGCCUGGCUUGCCUUACCAACUUUGGCGUCUUUGGAAGACCCACCCCCAAUGGCAUCGAGUCCCGUUCUCCUCCAAAUGGUGGCUACAAGUCUGUGGGAUACUAUGUCAACUGGGCUACCUAUGACCGCAAGUUCGAUCCAAAGGAUCUGGUCGGAGACCAAUGGACUCACAUUCUCUAUUCAUUCGCGGACAUUUCUCCCGAGGGUAAUGUCCACUUUGUCGAUACCUACUCGAACCUCGAAAAAGCCUUUGAGGGCGAUACCCAAGGCCCUCAGGGCAACAACCUCCGUGGUGCCCUUAAGCAGAUGUACAUGAUGAAGCAGCAGAACCGUCACAUGAAGACCCUUCUAUCUAUCGGAGGCUGGAGCUACAAGGAUAGCUUCCGAGGGCCCGCUAGCACUGAUGGCGGGCGCCAGACGUUUGCCAAAUCAUCUGUUCAGCUGCUCAAGGACUAUGGAUUUGACGGAAUCGAUAUCGACUGGGAGGCUCUUGAUGAAUACUCCAAGACUGUUGGUGAUGGAUACAAGUACCUCCUCACCGUGGCCUCUCCAGCUGGUAUGUUCCAAAAGCCCAUAUAUAUUCAAGACAAAGUCUCUAACCAAGUGGCAGGCGCCCAACACUACAGCAUUAUGAAGCUUGCUGAAAUGGACAAGCACCUUGACUUCUGGAACCUGAUGGCCUACGACUACUCUGGUGGCUGGGACAGCACCUCCGGACACAGCGCUAACAUCUUCGCUUCCACCUCUGAUAAGCAGGCCACCAAAUUUAACACUCAGGAUGCCCUCAUUGCCUACAAAAGUGCCGGCAUUGAGUCCAAGAAGAUCGUUCUCGGAAUGCCCCUUUAUGGCCGUGCAUUUGCUGAAACCAAAGAGAAGCCAGGCGCUUCAUUCAACGGUAUCGGCCAGGGAACUUGGGAGAAGGGCGUGUACGACUACAAGACCCUCCCACAGCCAGGCGCCAAGGUAGUGGAAUGUGAACAAGAAGUUGCCAGCUACAGCUAUGACCCUGUCAAGAAGCUCUUCAUCAGCUUCGACACUCCCAAAAUCGCUGGAAUGAAGGCCAACUACCUCAAGCAAAUGGGUCUCGGCGGAACCAUGUGGUGGGAGACCAGCGCGGAUAAGCCAAAGGGUGAAGGAAGUCUUGUUGAAACUGUCAUUGAGCACCUUGGAGGCCGAGAGAACAUGGACAAGAGCCAAAACCAGCUGAACUACCCACAAUCGCAAUACGACAACAUCAAAAACCAAAUGAAAAUGUAA